AUGGCUUCCAAUGACAAUCAAAAGAUCUCAGUCGUUGAAGGUAUGAAAAAAAGUGGCAUACCAUAUGUACGAUUAGGUAAUAGUGGUUUGCAAGUUUCACGAAUUUGUUUGGGUAUGAUGACUUAUGGAUCAAAAAAAUGGCGUGAAUGGGUACUUGAAGAACAAGAAGCACGUCCAUUUGUGAAACGAGCAUUAGAACUUGGAAUUAAUUUCUUUGAUACAGCUGACAUGUAUUCAUUGGGUGUCAGUGAAGAAAUUACUGGUCGAGCUUUAAAUGAUAUGGCUGUUCGAGAAGAAAUUGUUGUAGCUACUAAACUAUUUCAUCCAGUUGUCGAUGGUCCAAAUCGUACAGGUCUUAGUCGUAAACAUAUUUUUGAAGCAUGUGAUGCUAGUUUAAAAAGAUUAAAUAUGGAUUAUAUUGAUCUUUAUCAAAUUCAUCGUUUCGAUAAACAAACACCUAUUGAAGAAACGAUGGAAGCUUUAAACGAUCUUGUUAGAUCAGGCAAAGUUCGUUAUAUUGGUGCUUCGUCGAUGUAUGCCUGGCAAUUUGCUAAAGCUCAAUAUAUAGCAGAAAAAAGAGGAUGGACAAAAUUUAUUUCCAUGCAAAAUCAUUAUAAUCUUAUCUAUCGUGAAGAAGAACGUGAAAUGAUUCCAUUAUGUAUUGAUCAAGGCGUUGGUCUUAUUCCAUGGUCACCAUUUGCUCGUGGGUUUUUAGCAGGAAAUCGAAGUAAAACUGAUUUAAAUAAAGAAAAUAAUGAAACAACUUCAGCUACAAAACGAGCACAAACAGAUGAAUAUGGUCAUAAUUUAUAUUAUGCAGAUAAUGAUUUUGAAAUUGUUGAACGUUUGAAAACAGUUGCAGAAAAAAAACAAGUUAAACCAAUUCAACUUGCACUUGCAUGGAUUUUAUCAAAACCUGGUGUAUGUGCACCGAUUAUUGGUGCUACAAAAAUGUAUCAACUUGAAGAAGCUGUUGCAGCAACUAGUAUUAAACUUUCCGAUGAAGAAAUCAAAAGUUUAGAAGAAUUAUAUCAACCUCGUCGUAUUCUUGGUCAUUCGUAG